CCAGCUGGAGUCGGCAGCUACGCCUCGUCUGCGAGAAACUAAAUCGCAGGCAGAAGAAGCUCAAGUGCAUGGAAAAGUCUAAAAUCAUGCUCACGGAGCAGAAUAUUCACCUCUCCGACCUCCGGAAUAGGCAUCGUGAGAAUGAGUUCUUGAUGGAACGUGAAAUUUCCCAACUAAUAGGCUCUAUAAAGGUGUAUCAAGAUCAUAUUAGCAACAACAGACGACCAGAACAAUCAACUGAACUGAAUGGAUACUACUGUAUAGAUCCCUCUCUCCAAAAUCAGCAGACGCAGGAGAAUUUUCAGUUGCAUGGAACCAACUUUCGACCACUUUAUAGCCACCUUGCCAGGCAGCAGCAGCAGCAGUAUGUGCAUCGGCAUUACAUUAGCAAUCAAAUUUCGUUAUAGUAGGUGGAGCAGAUACCAUACAAUAUAAAAUGGAUCAAUCAG